GUUGUCGCGGUUCUUCAUACGAGUGCGAGCAAACGGCGAUGAAAAUAGAACUCAGGUGUUCUUUGAAAGACGAAAGAAGUCAUGAUUUGUAGUUGUUUUCAUUGAGGUUAUAAGUUUAGUGCUCGUUGAAGGACAGUGUACGGUAGUAAUUUAUUCAGGUUUUGUUUUUAAGCGCAAUGGAGCAGCCGGUGCCUAAAAAUAAGCUGAAGAAGCUCAGCGAAGACAGUCUGACCAAGCAACCCGAGGAAGUCUUCGAUGUACUUGAAAAACUCGGAGAAGGCUCGUAUGGCAGCGUAUUUAAAGCCAUCCACAAAGAAUCUGGACAGGUAGUGGCCAUUAAGCAGGUUCCUGUGGAGUCUGACCUGCAGGAAAUCAUCAAGGAGAUUUCCAUCAUGCAGCAAUGUGACAGUCCCUAUGUGGUGAAGUACUAUGGCAGUUAUUUUAAAAACACAGACUUGUGGAUUGUGAUGGAGUACUGCGGUGCUGGCUCUGUGUCUGAUAUCAUCAGAUUACGUAAUAAAACACUCACAGAGGAUGAGAUUGCUACCAUCCUGAAGUCCACAUUGAAGGGUCUUGAGUAUUUGCACUUCAUGAGAAAAAUCCACAGGGACAUCAAAGCUGGGAACAUUCUCCUUAAUACUGAAGGACAUGCUAAACUUGCUGACUUUGGAGUGGCUGGGCAGCUUACUGACACAAUGGCAAAGAGAAACACUGUAAUUGGCACACCAUUCUGGAUGGCUCCCGAGGUGAUUCAGGAGAUUGGGUACAACUGUGUGGCAGAUAUCUGGUCCCUUGGCAUCACAUCGAUAGAGAUGGCAGAGGGCAAGCCUCCCUAUGCAGACAUUCAUCCAAUGAGGGCUAUUUUCAUGAUUCCAACAAAUCCCCCACCAACGUUUAGAAAGCCAGAGCUGUGGAGUGAUGAUUUCACAGAUUUUGUAAAAAAGUGUCUUGUGAAAAACCCUGAACAGAGAGCCACGGCCACGCAACUGUUACAGCAUCCUUUCAUUACCAAUGCGAAACCAGUGACCAUACUGAGGGACCUAAUCACAGAAGCCAUGGACAUGAAGGCAAAGAGACAACAAGAGCAGCAGAGAGAACUGGAAGAGGAGGAUGAUAACUCGGAGGAAGAAGUGGAGGUGGACUCUCAUACAAUGGUGAAAUCUGGCUCAGAAAGUGCUGGCACCAUGCGAGCAACAGGCACAAUGAGUGACGGUGCACAGACCAUGAUCGAGCAUGGCAGCACCAUGCUUGAGUCAGACCUAGGCACCAUGGUGAUAAACAGUGACGAAGAAGAUGAGGAUGAAGAUGUGGGCUCAAUGAGGAGAAACCCUACAGCACCACAGGGCCAGCGGCCAUCUUUCAUGGACUAUUUUGACAAGCAGGAUUCAAACAAAGCACAGGAGACUUACAAUCACAACCAGCAGGACCCUUUCCUCAUACCCAAGACUGCUUUCCCUGACAACUGGAAAGUACCACAAGAUGGAGACUUUGAUUUCCUGAAAAAUCUAGACUUUGAGGAGCUGCAGAUGCGCCUCAGCGCUCUGGACCCCAUGAUGGAGCGAGAAAUCGAGGAGUUGCGGCAGCGCUACACAGCUAAAAGGCAGCCCAUCCUCGAUGCCAUGGAUGCCAAGAAGCGUCGGCAGCAGAACUUCUAAAACUGCAUGAAGGAAGAAAUACCUGCAGAGUGUUUUCAAAACUGGCAAGCCAGAUAAUAUGUUCCCUUUGAAGUCUUACAUCCAGUUUUAGUACUGACGUCUAGCCUCUUACCAUAAGCCUCCUUCUGUUUGUUGGACAUGGGAGCAUCUGGCUAAGUGCAUUUUUUUCCUCUCCUUUAUUUCUAGAAGACUUACCUGAGACCUGAGCCUCAUUCAGUGAGUCCCUGUAUGCAAAAUUAUAGACACAAACACAUUGAACAUAAAACUAUAAGGGAAAAAGUUUCUGCAUGCAUCGAAUCUACAUAGCAGUAGUUUAUAUGAAGCUCUGAGUGAGUGAACAGUGCAGGGAAGAACUCCAACUAUGUCGACCACAACUGGAAGAGGGGCUUGGGGAAAAUGGGUUAGUCCGUAUGUCCACUUCUUACAAUUUUCCCUUUCCACAUGUAUUUCUCUAGCUGUAACAUCAUCUAAUACCUCUCUGGUUUCAUAAAUGUGGCUACAGUGAAGAGCAUGAUUAGAAUGUCUGAAAUUAUGAGGGGUAUCUAAGAAAUUGUUGGUUGGACUUAUAAGCAUUAGUUUAAAAAGGAAAAAAACCAAAGACAAUCAUUCAAGGGCCUUAGAGAGCUUUCAGUGGUCAGCCCUAGCUUGUAAUCUUAGACAGAAUUCUCUUUUUUUUUUUAAUCUAAAAUUAAAUUGAGACUUCCAUAGUUACAUGACUUAGACAGAGAUAACUGACUGACAAAAAAGAUUUGAGUGAUGCUGUAUGUACCCAGUUUGCAGCAGUGAUUGGAAGAAAUAGAGCAAUUAAUAUAACAGUACUCCCCACUGUUAAGACCAUUCUUAAGGGCCCAGUCUUGCUCUGUAAAUAUGCAUGGACUAAAGUUUCAUGUACUUGGUUUUUAUUCCGAAUGUCAUUUUCAUUCCUCAUUUUUGAAUGUUUUGAAAAUUAGGUCUCUCUUCAUGUUGCUCUAUUUAUUCUUUCUCUGCUAGUGCCUGAAUCAUGUGUUCUGUAUGGUAAGCACUCCUGUGAGGAAGUGCAAAUCACAUGUCCUCAUCCUUCACUUUAUCUCAGGGGUUGCUUAACGACCGCUUCUCUUUCUCCUUCUUGUCCUUUGUCAAGGAUUCAAGACUUUUAUAUUGUAAUCUCUGUGUCUACCAGCAUUAUUAUUGGUUUGUCUGUUACUGGUACCUAAGCAAUACCACACAAUCGAACAUAACCUGAAAAUAAUCUCUGUAACCAAGAUGUCCUAAAUGAGGCAACUUAAAACAUAAUGUCCAAGAGUACAAUACUGAAUGAUGUCAUAUGUGGAUGUUUUGCUAAUACUGAGUAUAAGAUUGUGUGAAGUAUGGUUUUUCAAUGGUUGCAUUGGUUUUGCAAGAACUUACUCAUGAAGUUAGUUUUAAGAUUGUGCUUAAAAUGCCUUAUGUUUUCCUUUUGUGAAUUAUAUCGAUAUAUUUCAUUCUUUCUAACAUGUAUUAUAGACACAUUUCCACUCAGUACCCUAAUUUAUUAUUAUUCAUAUCGAUUAUUGCUGCUGUUGCAUGAAAACCUUUUUUGGAAUUGAAACAAAAAGCAGACUCCACUUAUUUCUCUGACCCUUUACAGCUCCACAAGCUCAGUGAACUCUAACUACAACGUGAUGUUUAUCGGGACAGUAGUGGAAAUGUAGGAGGUUUUCAUGUCUGCUGAAAAGUUGCUCUUUUAGGGGAAGGUUUUCUUGCAAUAGGACCUAGUCACUCUCCCCUGAGAGUGAUCUUUAAUAAAGUUCAGUUUCUUGGAU